UCGUCCAAUCAGAGAGGAGCAGGGGGGGCGUGGAGGUAUUCCAGCGUCCGCACUGUGUUUACUUCCGUCAAUAUCUCGAUGAGAGCAGCAGCAGAGGAGGAAGAGCUGAGAAUAAAGCAGACGAUCUCCUGACAAGGUGUUUGGAGUGGCAGCGACAUUCUCUGCUAAUUGUCGCCGCCCCCCAUCCCCUGCAGCAGAAAUGCCUUUCUUGGGAAAGGACUGGAGGUCACCGGGCUUGUGCUGGACAAAGACAGAGCACGGCUGGAAGAGGCUCAUAUACUAUGCAAACGAGCUGGAGGAUAACAACAGAGACAUAGACUUGAAAGAGCUCUGCAAUGACAGCAAAGAAAAUCUGUUUGUCGCGGACGUGUGUGAGCUCCCCACAACAAAGAGGAAAAAGGACCUUUACAACACCAGAUCUCAGUUUGUUUACAGGGAUAAGUGGAUCUAUGUGCUGAGAGGGAACUCAAAGGAACGACAUGAAUACAGCACGCUUGGCGAAGCGUUAAACCGUCUAGACUUUUCCAGUGCCAUCGAAGACUUGAGAAGAUUCAACUAUGUUACAAAACUUUUUCAGCUAAUAGCCAGGUCUCAGCUGCCUUCUCUGAGUGGAGCUGCCCAGAAAAACUAUUUCAAUAUACUGGAGAAGAUGGUACGAAAGGUCCUCGAGGACCACCACAAUCCUCGCCUGGUCAAGGACCUGCUGCAGGACCUGCACAUGACUCUGCAAAAUCUGACCAUCCACGUUGGCAGAUGUGUCCUCGUGGGCAACGUCAACAUCUGGUUGCGCCGACUGGAGAACAUUCUCAAGUGGCAGCAGCAGCUCAACAACCUGCAGAUCCCCAAGCAAUUGUGCACUGGCCUGUCAUUCAACGACUUGCCCCUACACAUGCAGAAUAAGAUCUUUUACAACUUAUCUGACGCACAUGACAUCAUUAACCUGGGACAGGCCACACCCACUCUGCUCAUGCUCAGUGAGAACCGGAGGCUGUGGAAGAGAUUGUGCCACUUUCACUUCUCAGACAAACAGUUCUGUCAGAACUUGGUCCUGACCAAGAGCGACAACGUGGACUGGAAGCUGAUGUACUUCAUGCUGCAGAAACACUACCCAAUGAACGAGCAAUACAGCGACACCUUGCACUUCUGCAAACACUGUUGCAUCCUCUUCUGGAAGGAUCGCCACCUGACUUUGUUAUUCAAGGACUGUGGCCACCCGUGCACUGCCACUGAUCCGGACAGCUGCCUCAUGCCCAUCUCUCCUCAGCACUUUAUCGACCUCUUCAAGUUUUGAACCCUCCGAAGUGUCCGUGUACCCUCAGUCUCCAAACCCGAGUGUGUAUACUUGACUUUUUUACAGAAAAACAAAGGGCUUAAAAUAAAAAGAAAUCUCUUUUUUAUGGCGACAGUUACACGCACAAAUGUUUCCCUAAGACAAAAGGCAGGUCAAAUGUGUAAGUUUGUUGAUUUUAAGAAUGUUGGUGGUGACAGAUGAAAUAUAAGAGAAAGGUUUUCCUCUUUCCUCAUAAAAGUUUUGUCUUCUCGACAAAAGAGCUGCCCCUGACGGGAAAGAAGAAACUAUUAUGUACAUUUAAUUCCUGUUGAAUGGAUUUAUAUGUAAAAGGGGUUGUAGCAUGUUUACACUAUAGAUAGGUGAUUAAUGAUAGGUGAGCUAUAAAGUUUUUUUGGGGAGGGGGUUUUCUACAUAGAAAAGAUAAUCAUUUAAAAAGUUGCAGAAUACGAUGUCUCAUGUCGAUGGUUUAUUUAAUGUCUUUCUGCGUUUUGCUAUGUUGUGGGUUUGUGGUACUUUUCUGCAAUAACUGAAUGCAUGUCGUGUGUGAGUCUCUGUUUACAUACUGUACGUCGUCCUUUGUGAAUUCUUGGUGAGUUCUGAGUAGACCUACGUGGUGGCAUCAACAUGAAAAGAAAAUAACGUGAAACUAGACGAGGAAAUAUUUAUACAGCUUAACUACUUUUAUCAAAACUGUCAGAGAACUGUCCAAUGUGGCAGACAGAGAAAAUGUAUGAGACGUUAUUUAUGUUAUUUUAUAUUUGUAUCCUUCCUCCAACUUUUGUAAUAUUCCGUGACUGUUCAAUUUCUCUUUGUGGUACUAUCAUGACUUUUAUGGGAAGGGAAUUAGGUAAAAUAACAAUUAAAUAUUUCUAAAAACCUG